AUGCGUAAUAGACGCCGAAACUGGAGACGUGGGCUUCGCAAAGAGAAUGCCGUACUCCUUAUUGACACCUAUAUACCCAUAGUUGCUAAGACGUUCAUGGUUGACCUGAUCGAUCUCAUUCUUGAGAAUGGCCUGCCCAUCGUCUGGGCACUGCGCUAUGCAGACUACUGGGACCAGCGCAUUUGCACCACGGAUGUCAUUCGCGCAUCGGUACUGCAAACAAUGCAAGUAAGCGCCGAUCGCUUGCUUGAAAGUUCAUUCCUAGUGACCGUAGAGCAGCUCCGGGAAGCAGCAAGCCUUGGUGAAUGCGUUUUCAUCCUAAUGUACUUACUUUCUAGUAUCAGCCACGCAUUCAUCGCACUGGAUGCUGACCUCCUAGCACACGAACCAGCACAUGAACGAAGUUUGGCUCUGGAAAUGCUAGACAUGUUGAGAUCGAAGCUGCCGGGGAAUAUUAAGAUUUUAAUAGCCAUAUCCAGUGUCAGUCGAGCUUAUGCCGAAGAACUCGAGCACUCGAACGCCUACUUCCACAAGCGAGCAUUUUUCCCGAUGACCUCAUCACACUACGCACUCCGAUGUCGGACAGGAUCUUACCAAUGUUUUCAGUCUCCGUUCGUCCCAUGGCGUGAGCGAAGUUGUACCUCCCUGACCAAUGAAAUGAUUGUUUGUAGUUCCAUUUACAGAGGAAAAUCGAUGCCUUAUACAUUCGAUUACACGGAUGUUCAUCAUUCCGCUCGCUCCAUUUCUUCAGGAUCGGGGUACUGGAAGUAUAUUGAAUUGCAUUCUAGUCGUACAAAACAAAUCGGUCCAAUAAUUUGUCUCCUAGUAGGUGUGUGUGCGGCAUUGCAUUUUAAUAUGGUCUGGAUUUUAGUGUCAAAGUGUGGCGUGCUCCGAUUUCCAAUGUACUGGGUAUUUAUCCUUCAAACCGGAGUAUACUGGAUCCAAGUAAUUCCAUUUGACAUAAACCGAGAUGUAGUACUACAAUCCGGUAUGUUUCCAUUUACUAACAAGAGAACAUUAGUCCUACAAAAAGAAGUGAUCCUAGCUCAUUUAUUUCAACUCAGUGACAUGCCAUCACUUCGAGUAUUAGUCGUGCAAAACCAAGUACUCUCGGCUGAUAUAUUAAGUACGCUUCCUGUCGCAAACCUCCUGGGACAUUUUCGCCUCAGUGAUCUUGAUCAAGCUAGAAUUAAACCCAAUCUUACAUUCUUCUUUACAAGCUUCUACUCCCAGGAAGAUCCUGGGCUGGUAUCGCCCAACAGAGUCGAAUACCGUCAACGGUACCAAAGCCCUCACCUGCCAGAUCUCGUCAUCAAGUACGGGGAGAAAGGGCAACGCAAACACGCUGUUUAUCGUCUGGCAUUAGCAAGUUCUUCCAAAUGGUUGUACAGAGCGUUCGAGCAUUAUUGGAAACUAAAACCCACGAUGCUCACCUCCAAGAAGACUACCGCACGUGAAAAUUGGAGCAGGCGAAACUACGCCACAUGA